AUGGAGACGCGGGUCGUCCCCGUCCCGACGAGGAACCCACUAGGACGCUUCUCCGACGACGCCGGCAAGGGCGGCCUGGCCAGGCUGGACGAGUGGCGCAUCAACCGGGACGACAACGACAACGGCACCGCGCUGGCCGCUCUGGAGCCGGCGGCCGAGUACCUCGGCGCGAGCGACACGCCCGUCGCGUUCCCCACCGAGACGGUGUACGGGCUCGGCGCGGACGCGACGCGGAGCGGCUCGGUCAGGGGCAUCUACGCCGCCAAGGGCCGGCCGUCGGACAACCCGCUCAUCGUCCACGUCGCGGACCUGCGGAUGCUGAGGGCCCUGCUGCGACACGGAGAUCGAGGCGCACAUGGUGAGGAGCACAACAAUAACAGCAACGAAAACGGCGUUGACGACGACGUCAUACCCGCGCGGUACAAGCCCCUGCUGGAGCGGUUCUGGCCCGGCCCGCUCACCAUCCUGCUCCCCAACCCGACGCCGUCGCCGCUCGCGCCUGAGGUUACCGCCGGCCUGCCCACCUUUGGCGUACGCAUGCCCUCGUCGCAGCUGGCCCUCACCCUCAUCAAGCUGGCGGGCGUGCCGCUGGCGGCGCCUUCGGCCAACGCCUCGACCAAGCCGUCGCCCACGGCGGCGCGCCACGUGCUCGACGACUUGGACGGGCGCAUCGAGCUGAUCCUCGACGGCGGGGCCUGCGACGUCGGCGUCGAGAGCACCGUCGUCGACGGCCUGUGCGACCCGCCCGUCGUGCUGCGGCCCGGCGGCGUGGGCAUGGACGAGCUGCGGAGCUGCCCCGGCUGGGAGGGCGUCGUCAAGGCGUACAAGGACCAGAGCGAGGAGGGGAACAACAAGGCCGCGCCGCGCGCGCCGGGCAUGAAGUACAAGCACUACAGCCCCAAGGCGCGGGUGGUGCUCUACGAGGCGUCGUGCGGCGAGGGAGGAGCCGGUGUCACGGCGGCCGAUGCCGAGGACGCUGCGGCACGGCUGACGAGCAACGGGGACGCAACGUCGCAGACCAAUGGCCACCCGUUCAGGAGGGUGGGUGUCAUCCGGACCAAGAGGUGGAAGCCUGCGGCCGGGAUUCGCUGCGACGACCUACGUCUCGAGGAGGACCACGCCGAAGCGCAGCCGCAGGCUGAGACGCCAUACAGCGUAUACACCGGCGGCCUGAAGGACGAGCAAGGGAGCAUCGUCGGGCAGGUGUUCGACAUAAGCCUAGGGACGGACACGAGGAAGAUUGCCCACGGCCUGUUCUGGGCGCUGAGGGAGCUGGACCGCCGCGGUGCGGACACGAUAUUCGUAGACGGCAUAGACGACGAGCUGGACAUUGCGGCGGCCGUCAUGAACCGCCUCCGCAAGGCGGCAUCCGAGACUAGAGCAUAA